AUGAUCAGUUUUGACAGGGUCACGAAAAACACGAUCCCUCCUCCUGUGGAGUCGACUGUCACUUUUGAAUUUGCCCUUCAAGUGAAUCGAGCCAUGUACCGUCGUGCCACUUUUUCCUCUUUGAUCACCCGCCGUCUGCAGCAGCGCAGCAUCUCCAGCUCCUUCAGCCGCCAGUCGGACACAGCGCUUCCUCAUUUCCAUGCGGGGGACCGGUGCAACCCGCUGCUGCAGACGCCGCAGACGGUGUCGGUCAUCGGCGCCCCCAUGACGUACGGCCAGCCUUUGCUCGGCACCGAUGGCGGCCCAAAGCUGCUGAGAGAGGCAGGACUGCACAAGACGCUGGUGAAACUGGGCUGGUCCGUGGACGAGACUGGCGAUAUCGAGUACGUGGCGCCGACGUGUGACGAUCCGGUGCUGGACCCGCGCUACGGCAAAGCAAAGCAGUGUUUCGCCGUUGGCAAUGGAACCAAGAAGUUGUACGAGAUCUACAAGAAAAAGGCAGAAGAGAAAAAGUUCUGUCUAGUGCUGGGAGGCGACCACACAAUUGGAGCAGGAUCCCUCGCGGGGUUGCUGUCGGUGCAUCCGGACGCAGGUGUGAUCUGGGUGGACGCUCAUGCAGACAUCAACACGCCUGCAGGCUCGGAAUCGGGUAACAUGCACGGCAUGCCAAUCUCGUUCCUCAUGAAAGGCAUGGUCGACACCUCGAAGCUACCUGGAUUUGAGUGGCUCGCCAAUGUCCCGACGAUGAAACCGGAUCAACUGGUGUAUAUUGGUCUGCGGGACAUCGACAACUUCGAGCGUAGUGUCAUUCGCGAGAAGCAAAUCAAGGCGUUUACGAUGCAGGACGUGGAUCGACACGGCAUUGGCAAAGUCAUGGAAAUGGCGCUUGACCACCUUAGUGCCAAGAACGAGCGUCCAAUCCACGUAAGCUACGACAUUGACGCCGUGGACCCGUUGAUAGCACCGUCCACGGGCACACGCGUGCGUGGAGGACUCACGUGGCGCGAAGCAAACUAUGUUGCGGAGGCCGUGGCAGAGACCAACAUGAUGAUUGGACUGGACAUGGUCGAGGUGAACGCGACGCUGGCUCCGGGUGUUGGUGCCCAGAUCACGGUGGACAUGGCACUCAUGCUCAUCGCAUCGGCGAUGGGCAACCGCAUUUUGUAG